AUGAGUUCACCAUGGCCUUUCGUUGCUUCGGGCAUGGAUGUUGUUGGACCUAUUGAACCCGCAACUUCAAAUGACCACCAGUUCAGUUUAGUUGCUAUUGACUACAUCACCAAAUGGGUGGAAGCAACGUCUCACAAGUCAGUAAUGAAGAAAGUGGUAGCGGACUUCGUGCCAAACCACAUCAUAUGUCGAUCCGGUGUACCCGAGUCAAUCAUAACAGACAAUGGAGAAAAUUUGAAUAGCCACCUGAUGAAGGAUAUCUGUGAGCAAUUCAAGAUCACCCACCAAAACUCGAUAGCCUACCGACCGCAAAUAAACAGAGCCCUAGAAGCAGCCAACAAAAAUAUCAAGAGGAUAUUGAGGAAAAUGGCUUAUACUCAUAAAGGUUGGUAUGAGCAGUUGUCUUAUGCUCUACUGGGAUACCGUACUACGACUAGAACAUUAAUAGGAGCAACUCCAUAUCUGUUGGUUUAUGGAACUGAAGCAGUCAUACCUGCUGAAAUUGAUAUACCUUCGUUGAGAAUCAUUCAAGAAGCGAAAUUAGACAAUGCUGAAUGGGUCCGAGCUCCAUAUGAGAAUUGGCUCUAA